CCUCCCUCCAUUGCCCUCUCCACUCUUUCUAUUUCAUCUUCUUUUUUCCUCCUCAUACUUCGCUUCUGGAAGCUCCUUGGUUGUCGUGUUACAGCUACACACCUCGCUCUCCUGUCCAGCUGGACCACCCGCAUCUCCACAUCCCAACCAUGGGCUCCGAGGUACCAUCUGCAGCCAUAUGGACCCCAGAGUCCGUUCUAUCUACCCUUCAUCAUCCACCAGAGGAGAACUCUGCAUCGCCGGUACCCUUUUUCCAUCUCCUUGAACGCCUCAAGACGACAAAACGUGAAGGCUGGCGGCGUUUUGGCAUUAACCAUGGGGAGUCUAUUUCCGAUCACAUGUAUCGCAUGUCAAUCAUGACGAUGCUAGCACCUCCAUCGCUGUCCGCACGACUGAACGUUUCCCAUUGCACCAAAAUGGCUCUGGUCCACGACAUGGCGGAGUUGCUCGUUGGUGAUAUCACUCCUGUUGAUAAUGUGGCUAAAUCAGAGAAGGCACGUCGGGAAGCAGCUGUGAUGGACUUUUUGACUAGGAAUCUGCUGGGGAGUGUACCCGGAGGCGCAUUCUCUGGAGCCGAAAUCUUUAAGGUGUUCCAAGAGUACGAAGACAAUGAGACUCUGGAGGCUAAGUUUGUUCACGAUGUCGACAAGAUGGAAUUGCUACUUCAGAUGGUGGAGUACGAACGGGCUCAUGGGGUCGAUCUGACGGAGUUCUGUCACGUUGCGAAGCGCAUUCAAUUGCCGGAGGUUCAGGAGUGGGCGGCGGCCGUGCUCAAAGAGCGCGAUGAUUUCUGGAAGAGCAAAAAGGCUGCGGAGACGGCCACACAAGGUUGAUAUGACACAUAAAGGGGGGUUCUCUUAAUACAUUGUGGAUAGAGGCCUGUCGUACACGGCGUUCAUGUGGCAUCGGUACUGAUUGGCAAAGAUGGGUGCGGCGUUCGGUUUUGUCGAUUUCAUACCGGUCUAAAUAGUGGUUUCCCGAGCUGUUUACAGUGUCUCAUAGACAUGAUGAUAUA